AUGCAUAGUGACAACAAGCGUGAGGCAUUCUCCAGUGCCUUAGGUGGCGCUCUAGCUACGAUAAUUGAGUAUCCUUUGGACACGAUCAAAGUCCGCCUACAGGACGACGGAAAGCGCUACGGUAGCGCCUGGAAAUGCAUAAGGAUGAUUUAUCAGGAUGAGGGUAUUUUGAAUGGUUUUUUUCGUGGGCUGCCUGCGCCCGUAAUGGGAUUUGCCAUUGAGAGUGCGACUUUAUUUCUCGCUUAUCGCACAUCCUCACAGGUUUACCAGCAGCUCGUUUACGGCCACACUGUGGAGCAGGACACGGAGUCCUACGACGCCGUGGCGGUCUCAGCAUCUAUCGCUGGUAUCGUUGUUGCGCAAGCGCUGACACCCGCAGAAUUGAUAAAGUGCCGAAUGCAGAUUCAGAACACAUUGCCUAUCAAAGAGCGUAUUUAUAAAAACUCAUUGGAAUGCUUUGUGGCCGCCUAUAUGCGGCGCGGCAUUCGUGGGCUAUUUAGGGGGCACGUCGCUAUGCUUUACCGCGAGGCGAUUGGCUGUUCGUUUUAUUUUAUGACAUUUCAAAGUGUUGUUCGAUCGCUUUUAUUAGAAGAUCAAAAGUUUAGUGAAGCCUCAUCAGUGGUGCAUUUUUUUGCUGGUGGCUGCGCUGGCAUCGCGUUCUGGACAUCGAUUUACCCGAUCGAUGUUGUUAAAACCAAGCAGCAAGCCAUGAAGGCGGACUACCUCAAACGUGGCUUUCGUCUGAGCUGCGCGUGGCUGUAUCGGAAAGAGGGCUUUAGGGGAUUCUAUCGUGGUUACGGCGUCACCGUUGCGCGUGCCUUUCCUGGAAACGCGGUAUUUUUUGCGGCGUAUGAGCAGUUAAAUUAUAUUUGGGAUGUCCUACACCGCGCUUCACCUAGGCACGCGGCAUGCGUGUAA